UUUUAGUCUCUUUUUGUAAAAACGUGGAUUGUUUACCUUUGAUAUCCUAAUCUUCUUCCUUUAUUAAACUCGGUAUGGAACCUUUAGAAAGUGCCGAUUCUGAGGGAAGCGCCAAGGCAAUUCCCACUAGCAAUUCGAUUAAUAAAAUUAUAAGUGAACGUUCGGCUGAAAUUGUUGCAGGCGGCAAUGUCUUUUAUAAUCCAGUGCAAGAAUUUAAUCGAGAUUUAAGCAUAUCCGUGGUAAAUGUAUACUUUCAACGUCUUAUCAAGGAGAGGCAAGCACACCAGAAACCUCAUAAGAAAGAUGCAAAUGGUAAUGGCGAGCAGCAACCAGAAGAAAAGUCAUCGGCAAAAACUGAAACUUCAUAUGUAGCAGGCACCAAGUACGAUGAUGGUAUGCGUAUUUUGGAAGCUCUUUCAGCAACUGGUUUGCGUAGCAUACGUUAUGCCAAAGAAAUAGCUGGAGUUAAGGAAAUAGUAGCAAAUGACUUAUCAAAACAGGCCGUUGAAGCCAUUAAGGAGAAUGUUAAGCACAAUAGGGUGGAGCAUCUAAUAGAACCCAGUCAUGCUGAUGCCAUGACCCUAAUGUACCUAUCUACCUCAAAGUCCAAGCAAUUCGAUUGCAUAGAUUUGGACCCUUAUGGUUGUCCAAAUCGUUUUCUAGAUGGAGCCAUACAAGCUAUCGUUGAUGGUGGUUUAUUGCUAGUCACCGCCACGGAUAUGGCUGUACUAGCAGGCAAUGCCCCGGAGGCCUGUUAUGUUAAAUAUGGUUCGGUGCCCUUACGCAUGAAAUCCUGUCACGAAAUGGCUCUGAGAAUUUUGUUGCAUUGCAUAGAGACCCAUGCCAAUCGUUAUGGCAAAUAUAUUGUACCUUUACUAAGUAUUUCCGCCGAUUUUUAUGUGCGCAUUUUUGUGCGUGUCUUUAGUAGCCAGGCAAAGUGUAAAUAUAGCAUGAGCAAGCAAUCAAUGAUAUAUCAAUGUACAGGUUGCGACACAUACACCUUACAUCCAUUGGGUACAAUAAAACCCAAUCCUACCCCCUCUAAUCCCAAUCAAGUAAAGUUUGGAAUACCCACAGGACCACCGGUCACAGAUAAAUGUGAACACUGUGGUCAUAAACACCAUUUAGGUGGCCCUGUUUGGUCUGAUCCCAUACAUGACAAAACGUUUGUACGAGAUUUACUUAAUGAAAUCGAAAAGAAACCUUUGCAGGAGCUGGGCACACAAAAACGUCUUGUCGGCAUGUUGACUGUGGUUCUAGAAGAACUAGAGGAUGUUCCCCUCUACUAUACUUUGGAUAAACUUUGUUGUGUUCUAAAAUUGGAAAUUGUGCCUAUUUUGAAAUUUCGUUCUGCCAUUUUGCAUGCAGGUUACAAGGUUUCUUUUUCCCAUGCCUAUAAAAAUUCUAUAAAAACAAAUGCCCCCGCUUCUGUGCUAUGGGAUAUCCUUAGAUGUUGGAACAAACGACAUCCGGUAAAAGCAGAACGUAUGAUUGAUAGUACACCCAUUAAGGCAAUACUUAGCAAAGAAUGUUCCAAGGUAUAUGAAUUUGACAAUAUACACCCUGAAGCAAAUCCCAAGAGCAGAAAGCAGGCUCUUUCCAGAUUUCAAGCAAACCCCACUCCACACUGGGGACCUGGCACAAGAGCUACCAUAAUGAUUGGCGAAGAUAAAAUCGAAAAAAGUUUCCGCAAUCAAAAUAAAAAACAAAAGCACAAAGUUCCAGCAAAUCCCAAUGACUGCCAAGAUUUCAAUGGAGACGAGGGCGAAGUACAAAAAACUAAAGUACCCAAAAUUGACUCCGACGAUUUAGAUGUAAAAAUGGAGACGUGACUAUAAGGAAAACACUAUAAUUUUUACGAUUUUUUACAAAGAUGUUGAUUUUGUAAAAAAGUUUAAUAAAUUUUAAAUGUUGUAGUUUACUA